AUGACUGAAUUUCGAAUGCCCCUCCACCAAGGGCCUCCUGUCCGGAAGCCCCUCACCAGUGGCCAGCACGGGUAUGGAUACCAGCCGUAUGAUCCAUCAAGGGUCCAAAUUGCAUCUCAUCUAGCCAGUCCCCAAACGACCCACAGCCGGACUCGAACCACAUCCUCCAGCGUGCUACCCUAUUCAAGCGGCUCCCAGCACUACCAAAAUGCCCCUCCACCACCGUCCAUGCCGCAAACAAUGGCUAUUCCUCAAUAUCCCCCUUCUCGGCGCAUGUCUAGCACUACAACUUCAACCUCCUCUACCGGCAAUUACCCGGCGGCUCACAUGGGGCACGGCGUUUCUGACAUCCGGCGAACGGCCUCGUCUCGCUCUGCCAAUUCUCAGCUCGGAUAUGUGGCUCUCAUGCGGCGGCAGAAGGCUACAGUGUGGUGUGACCGGGCGCAGCCAGAAGACCCCAGAUCGCGGGAACAAGCCCUGCGGGACAAGAAGAGAGCGUACCUGGAAGUUCAUGGCUCAAAUUCCGGCCGAACAGGAACUCUGGCUAGUGGCAAGAAUCGACACGGCGUGAAGGGUGGGGCUGAUUUCUCGCCCUCGAACCUUGUAGGAGCCAAGGUGCCAGUGCGAUUGAGUGCGAAUGAGGUUGGCGAUGGAGACGACGACACCCACAGCAGUGAUGGCGCAAUCCAUAGACGGACUGGCAGCGGUCGGAGCUCUUUGGGAAGCGCUCACCGUUAUCCAAGCGGAUACUCUAGGCCACAAGGAACCAUGGGUAGUAACAGCACGCCUCCGAAUGAAAAGACGGACCUUCCAGAGGUAUCUGAAAAUACACCGGCGGAGAUACACGAAGAAGAAAAGAGCCGAUUGUCAUCUCUCGUCAAAGAUGAUGGCGCAACAACACAUAGCAGCGAGCAUGAACGAGAUGACUUUGUCGGUGACAUGCGGGCUCCGAGUGCUGCCACCUCAGCAGCCGAGAAAGCCCAGAAGGCAGCCGAGUUGCGACGACGAGGUAGUGUAGACGAGCGCACUACCUCUAUGACUAAUGUGCGGCUUUUCGUCGCAAACCCUGAUUCCGACAGCGAUUGA